CACAAGAGGGAGAGGCAGGGAGGCCGACGAGCCGCCCCCUCGGGCUUCCCGAGGAAGGAGAGAGAGAGAGAGCACCCGGUGCGCCCCUCUAGGCCCUUUCUUUCUGUUCUGCCCCGGAGGGCUCGGGCUCGCCAUGGAGGGCAGCCCCAUCCCGGUGCUGACGGUGCCCACGGCGCCCUUCGAGGACCAGCGGCCCACGGGCGGCGGGGGUCUGCGCCGGCCCACGGCGGUCUUCGAGGGGCAGCGCAACUACCUGCCCAACUUCAUCCAGAGCCUGCUCUCCUCCGUCGACCUCCGCGACCGGCAGGGCUGCACCUUGGUGGUGGGCAGCGACGGGCGCUACUUCAGCAAGGCCGCCAUCGAGGCCGUCGUGCAGAUGGCUGCCGCCAACGGGAUUGGAAGAUUGAUUAUUGGGCAGAAUGGCAUUUUAUCUACCCCUGCUGUAUCAUGUGUUAUCAGAAAGGUCAAAGCAGCUGGAGGGAUUAUUUUGACCGCUAGUCACUGUCCUGCAGGCCCUGCAGGCGAGUUUGGUGUCAAGUUUAAUGUUGCCAAUGGAGGACCAGCUCCAGAUGCUGUUUCUGACAAAAUUUACCAAAUCAGCAAAACUCUCGAAGAAUAUGCCAUUUGUCCUGACUUGAGAAUUGACUUAUCUCGACUAGGAAGACAAGAGUUUGAUCUGGAGAACAAGUUCAAGCCUUUUCGGGUUGAGAUAAUAGACUCAGUGGAAGUCUACCUCAACCUUCUGCGGACUAUCUUUGACUUCAGUGCCAUUAGAAGCUUGCUAACGGGGCCAAAUCAACUCAAGAUCAGAAUCGAUGCUAUGAAUGGAGUGAUGGGUCCUUAUGUCCGAAGAAUCCUGUGCGAUGAAUUAGGAGCUCCUGCUAAUUCGGCUGUGAACUGUGUUCCUCUGGAGGAUUUUGGUGGCCAGUAUCCUGACCCAAACCUGACAUACGCAACUGCUUUGCUGGAGGCAAUGAAAGGAGGAGAGUAUGGAUUUGGAGCUGCCUUUGAUGCUGAUGGAGACCGCUAUAUGAUCCUAGGUCAAAAUGGAUUUUUUGUGAACCCUUCUGAUUCAUUGGCCAUUAUCGCUGCCAAUCUUCCCUGCAUUCCAUAUUUUUGUCAGAUGGCUGUGCGAGGUUUUGGUAGGAGCAUGCCAACCAGCACUGCUUUAGACAGAGUGGCAAAAUCCAUGAAGGUCCCUGUGUAUGAAACACCAGCAGGCUGGAGGUUCUUCUCAAAUCUGAUGGAUUCUGGUCGAUGUUCACUGUGUGGAGAAGAAAGCUUUGGCACUGGAUCUGACCACAUCCGAGAAAAGGAUGGACUUUGGGCUGUCCUAAUUUGGCUCUCAAUUGUGGCUGCUCGAAAGCAGGGUGUAGAAGAGAUUGUCAGAGAGCACUGGACAAAAUUUGGCCGUCACUACUACUGCAGAUUUGAUUAUGAAGCGCUGGAUCCUCGAACAGCAUAUUUCAUAAUGAGAGACCUGGAGGCUUUAAUCACUGAUAAGUCUUUCACUAAUCAACAGUUUGCGGUUGGAAGCCAUGUCUACACUGUGCAAAAAGGAAACAGUUUUGAAUAUGUGGAUCCCGUAGAUGGUACUGUGGCCAAAAGACAGGGACUACGGAUAAUUUUCUCUGAUGCAUCCAGACUCAUCUUCAGAUUAAGUGCUUCUAGUCAUGUACGCGCUACUCUCCGGAUCUAUGCGGAAAGCUAUGAAAAAGACCCCAGCAAACACGACAGAGAACCACAAGCUGUACUGAGUCCUCUCAUAGCAAUUGCAUUGAAAAUAUCUCAGAUUCACGAGAGGACAGGUCGUAAAGGCCCAACAGUCAUCACUUGAACCACAGGAAGAUCAAUAACCCAGGGCCAAGAUUAACAGGAUGAGAGAAAGAAGACGUUGUUACAACCUGUCAGCUGUUUGUGCCUUAUAUUAUUUUAAGGGUUUAAGAGCAAUUCGGGGGGACACAAAAUUAAAUGCUGAUUGUAUUUGGUUUUAUUCUUCUGCUAAGACAGUAAUGCACUUAUGUCCAUACUAUGGCUUCAUUAUAUUAUUAUACACAAAAUUAACCAAAGAGAAAAAACUUCCUUUAUAUCUAUUCUAAUAUUAUGUUCUGUCAGCUACAUUCUCCACUUUUGGGACUUGGUUACAAUUUGCAGUUUCUUAGUGAUUGUAUUUUAGAAUCUCAAUUAUAAUUCAAAUGUAAGUUUGAAAUUGUGAAAUAAUGCUUUCAAAAAGGUCAGAAACAGAAUAAAUUCUGUACCAUAUUGUUACCAAAUUUGAUCAUAAGGGGCAGUCAUGGUUUUUAACUUAAAGUGUAGCAGACUUAUGAUCACUCCGGCAAAACAUAGAGUUCAUUUCUUGAGAGGUUGCCUAAGCCACUCAAAAUGCCACAAAUGUUUCCUUAAUAUUAAAAUAUUAAUAUUAGUAGGCUGUCAAAGCAAUAUGGCUCAGGUACAAAAAUUGCAAGGAUAAGUAACGUAACCUCUACUAGUUUUGGUUAUGUCACUUGAUCCUCUGCAUAUUUAAUUAAUAUUAAACUCAGUGGAAUUUUUUUUCUGAAUCCACACAAUGAAGCUUUAUAAUGAGAUUUUAUUGAACAGAUCAUGAUUUCCAGAGCAUAUUGGCAACAGUCAUCUUAAGCAUCUAGUCAAAGUUGCACAAAUAAUAAAUGCUGUUUUCUAUAUCAGCUGAAUCCUGGAAUAAACUAUGUUCUUGCAUGCUUUAUAUAAAGAUUUCGCCAUAUAAGAAGACAUUUUAAAUCAACAUGCAGCCAAUUCUUUGGCAAACAGUUUCCAUUUUCUGCUUUUGUAUGCUGUAUUAUUCACACAUCCACCACCAGCACAAAUGCUCUGCACAUGUGGCCUAUGUGCUUGCAGUGAAUUUUUCCCACUUAACCCCUUUCUGAAUCUUGACUUUGUACAGUUUUAAUUUAAAAGAGCUAUCUAUUUUAUUAAGGACAAUGUUAAAGGAGAAUUUCUUUUAGUAUCAAGCUAUUUCAGCUGCUUUGGCAGAGAGCCAUGUCUUUUGUUAAUUUAACUCCUUUUGGAGGGAGAUGGCCUUGACUGUCCCCCUUUCUUUAAAAAAAACAAAAGUGGUGUUAUGAAUUUGAGGUCAAAGCCUUAGCAAAUGGUAUCUUACCAUGAACUUGUGCUCCUCUUCUUUGGGAUGCAUGGCCAUGGCAGGGUCAGGCAUUUCUAUUGGAAGUGCUCCCUGGCUCCUUUGAAAAGCUAAACUGUGAAUUCAGAAGAAUAUGCUAGAAAAAGCCUCCCUGGGAAGUGUUUAUUUAUUGCACAGCUUUUUCACCAGGAUGCGGAGUGUAAAAUGGCACUGUCCUCCAAUUCCUUAAGUGCGUGGGGACUCAAUGCCAACCUUUAGUGAUAUUUCAAGCAUUAAGUUUUGAGUUCACAGGUUGAUGGUUAAGAGGUUAUUAUCCAUUUACAAUUAUAGUGUGUGGGUGGGGUUUUUUUCAAAUGAGUCCAACAAUAUUACUCAACAUCACUAGAAUAAAUGACCAGCACAGAACGAUGUGGCACUUUCUUUGAGUUGUUUCCACAUAGACUAGUGGUGCUAAAAAGAAUUGUGGAACAAUCAGUGAAGAUCCUAAACUUUUUCCAUCCACUUACAACAGCGCAGUAGCCUGAUUCCUUUCUUUUCACACCUUAAAGGGGAUGGGUCAGAAAUGGUCAGCAAUCUGUAGCCUUAAGCGGUUUCAUUUGGAGUGCAUUAAUUAACCAGCGAAAUGCAUUAUACUUUUCAUUUUCAUAUAACUUUGGUUCAAGGAACUUCAACCUUGCUGUGACAGAAAGAGGUGCUGUACCUCUUGAGUGUUUUUUCUGUGGAAAGUGAAGACUAGGCAGCUAACAAUAGAAAAGGUGCCUGUGAAUGUAUAAUUAAUUGAAUGAUGUUUCACUUUUUUUCUAAUUCACUUAGCUGUCUGAAAGCUUACCAGAUACUUUAUCAGAAGGUCAUAGAAUGAGUCAUCAUCGGACAAAUGAAACCGAGGAGAAAAGGUGGCUCAGUGAAUGCCUGGGCACAACAAAUGGUGCUUGUGCCUCUGAAGGAAUAGUUUGGUUCCAAGGAUGGCACAGAGCACUGACACAAUGAGAACUCCUUGUGCAUGUGACUCAUUUGAGUGCUAUUCUUCCUUGGGAACAGCAUUUGUUGAAAUGGCAUUUGUGCAAUCUGACACGUGUAGCAUUGUAGCAUCUAUUGCAGUGGCCAACUUUUCCUCUUAAGUGCAAUCACACAGUAGCCUUUUGCUUUAAGAAGCUGAUCUGGUUUCCUUUUGAGAAUGGCUGAAAUUUGCUAUGACAUGUAGUACAGUGCAGUGUCAAUCUUCUGCCUUGCAUGAAAUUGCUGAUGAUAGGAUAUGGCAUACCCUAAUAAAACAAGACUUCUAAAAAUGUGUGUCUAAGUAAAUGGGGCACUGAGCAUUUCUUCACUUUUGCUGAAAUUUUAUUAAACAACUCUUUUCUGUAAAUCAAAA